AUGUUGCAGCACGCGACGUCUUCACAGAGUAUUGUGUUUCAUCAGCUUCAGGCGGCUCCGGUUGCACCAGUCACCGCGCCAUCUCCUGUUAUUCCAAGCAGCAGUGCUAGUCAUGCAAAGUACGAGUACAAGUAUGAAGUGUCAGAUCAUCAGACGGGAGACAGAAAGAGUCACUGGGAGAGUCGGGACGGUGACAAAGUCCGAGGGGUGUACACGUUGUACGAACCUGAUGGAGCCUUGCGGACUGUUGAGUAUACAGCUGAUGCAGUGCAUGGAUUUAAUGCAGUCGUGAGGAGGAAUGAAGCGAACAAGCAUUCUCAUCUCAGUGCUGGGUACAAACAUGAGUCGUCAACUUCUAGCCGAGAUACUUACGACGAACCUAAUCAUGGGUAUACUUCUGAAAGAGGCAUAUACCCUGGCCAGGGCAAUGCACCGAGACGUCCUGGGAAAACGAAUUCUUAUAACUCAGCAACGAAACUAAGUACUUACGUGAUCCCAGUGGUGGUGGUCGUCGUGGUGUUCAUGGUGUACAUUGUGGUGUCCGUGGUGAACCUCGUGGUGUCCGUGAUGUCCGUCGUGGUGGCCGUGGUGUUCAUGGACGUGGUGGAUCGGGUGAUGGAUCUUGUGGUCGUGGUGGACGUCGUGACCGUGUCCAUGCACAUGAUCGACACGCGAUUGGUGGGACACCGCUGCUGA